CGGUGGGUUGUGAGAAGGGCUGUCCGUCCUUCUUCGUCGGCUCUGCGGGACGUGAAGGAACGGGUUGGUCUCUUACGGAACAUGGAUUCACAGAAGGAUGUUCAGCCUCCAAAGCAGCAGCCAAUGAUUUACAUUUGUGGAGAAUGUCAUACAGAAAAUGAAAUAAAGGCAAGAGAUCCUAUCAGAUGCAGAGAAUGUGGCUACAGAAUAAUGUACAAGAAAAGGACAAAAAGACUGGUGGUUUUUGAUGCCCGAUGAUAUCUGCUGAAGAUACAGUGACUUCAUGAUGCAGUUUAAUCUUUCUGAUAACUUUUCUCUGUAAAACUCUUUGUGUACAAAUGCACACACUUAUUUGUGUUUUAAGAGAUUAUUAAAGUUUACUGUAAUACUAAAUUUUGUCUAUACCAUCUUCCAGCAAUAGAUUUCUAAAGCUGUUGUUUAAAUUGUCAGAGUAUGCAGUAUUUUUUAAGUUCAGUCGUUUUGUAUUCUUUUUGACUUAACUGUGUUUUCAUUACUGUCAUCUAAACUUUAUUUGCAUUUUUACUUUGUUAAAUGUUCUUUGGACUUCUGUGAAUUGCAUAAAAUAACUGUGGUUUGAAUAAAUUCCACUGAAAAUAAAUAGAGGGCUGCACAAGGCUAGGUCUGAAA